AUGGCAUUCGCCCGACUGCCCUUCUCAUCAUCAAGGAUAUAUUCUCACUCAAUACCAUCUCUUCACGCUCAUCUACUUGCCGCCAGAUCGCCGUCAUGGCCACUCAGCCGCCUCGGUACGAGCCUGGCCCUGUUUUCAACGGCACGUCCGCGAUCGGAACCGCGGACGUUUCCCACUCAAGGGUUUGAUGUGAUCGACAAAGACCAAUCCAUAGAAGAAGAGGACAUGCCAGAGUACAACCCCGAUCACUUCUAUCCAGUGCGCUUAGGCGAGGUCUUCAAUGGUAGGUUUCAGAUAGUGGCCAAAUUGGGCUUUGGUUCAUCCUCGACCAUCUGGCUUACCCGCGAUCUUGACGUGACGCGCCUAACAGUCAGUGAAAGGGAUCAUCAGUACGUAGCUCUCAAAGUCUACAUCCACAACUCUGUCGAGCAUCGGGAGCUACCAUUCUACGAACGCUUGAAUGCUGUCCUACUCACUAGCAAACACGUGGGAGCCGAUAACGUCAGAAGGCUCAUGGCUUCCUUUCAGGUCUCUGGCCCUCAUGGAAGCCACAUCGUUCUAGCUCUGCAGGUCUCUCAAAUGAGCCUCCGUGAUAUGGACACUGUGUUUAUGAAGGGUCGUGGUUUUGACGAGGACUUCGUCAAAAGCGCCAUCAAGGAGCUUCUCCAGGCCGUCGAUUUCCUUCAUACAGAGGCUCAGGUCGUCCAUACUGACAUCCACCCUGGCAAUCUUCUCCUUGGUCUAGAGGACAAUUCCCUCUUCAAGAAGCUCGAAGACAACGAAUUCUCAAAUCCCGUUCCUCGCAAGGAACUACCAGACCGAAACAUUUAUUUUUCCCGCCUGAUGAAGCCCAAGGUUGGGCCGCUUCUUCUCUCUGACUUUGGAGAAGUCAGACUCGGCGCAGGGCCUCACGCUGGUGAUAUCAUGCCCAUCAUGUACAGAGCCCCAGAAACCCUUCUAUAUAUCCAAUGGAGUUAUCCUGUUGAUAUAUGGAGUGUUGGCCUCACAGCGUGGGAUCUCCUCGAGGGUCGGACCCUCUUCAGCGCCCGCAAAGAAGACGGCAGCUUUUCGGAUGGCGUUCACCUCUCUGAACUCAUCGCUGCCUUGGGCCCCCCGCCCGCCGAUCUCCUCAACCGGCAUCGCAAGAGGGCGCUCGAGUAUUGGAAUGAAGAUUAUAAGUGGGAUGAGUUCGUUCCCAUCCCGAAAGAAAAGACCUUGGAGGCGGCUGAAACCAAGUUAGAGGACAAAACCAAGUUCCUUGCGUUUAUGAGAAGAGCUCUUGCGUGGGAUCCUAAUGAUCGUCCGACAGCAAAAGAGCUACUAAAGGAUCCGUGGCUAUCAAGCUAG